AUGAGAGGUUUGAGGGACAGUGAAGUUCGUGGAUUAUUCUCAAACUUGGAAAAAGAAGCAUCGGAUCUGUGUGAAGCGCUUGUCAAGUUCAUUGGAGUCUGUGCCGACGGAGAUUCGAAAAAACGACCGAUCACAUGGAAAAAGGAAUUAGCUUCACGAAUCGAGGAGUCUCUUCGAAAAUGUCAUUUAUUGCAAGUAUCAUCGACAACGGCAGAUAACUUCCUGCAUCAACUGUAUAAGAUUGUACAAAUCUUAAAGGACAAAAGAAUUAAAUAUCACGGUGAAAAAGACCAAAAUGUUCUCUUAUCAUUUAAUAAAGUCGACGAUCGCCUCUUUAUUUUUCCACGUCCAGCAGUGAAAGACAAAUGGAAUUUCACAUUUGGCAAAUUUUCAAUUGUAAACAAUCAAAAUCCACUAUAUCGUAUGGAAUUUGACUACGUUCAACAUGUUGUACAUGAUCCCGAUGAUCUUGUGAAAAUAUUACGAAAAAUACCUGAUCGAGUGCAUAUCGAAGGAUUUCCCAAUGGAAACUAUGGUGGAUAUCCUCUCUGCUGGUUUUCACCAUUACCACCGUUAUGGACGGCGAAUGAUAAACCCGAUUAUUUAUCUGAUUCACUUGAUCGACAUACUUCGCGUUACGGAUGUUUUCGAUUUACAAUACCAUUUCGUGUCAUAUUACAACAGUUUCCAACGUCGUUCGUUCUCGGCACACGCGUGUACAAUCAGGAAAAUUGUCAUUCGAUUUUACUGACAAAUUCACGUGUUAGCCGUCUCUUCAUUUGUGGUAAACAUGAACCUGUCGAUCUUACUAAAACUGGUUUUCUUGAGAAAACUUCGAUUUCAAAUGCAUCGUUCAAAUGGUUGUGUUAUAAUAACGACAAAAAACGGUGGGACCAGUUGGAAUUUGCGGUCGCCACCCAAAGCUUGACACUCGAUCCUGCAUUACAUGAACGCAGAAACAACCGGUAUUGCGAUUUUCGAUGGAACAAAUGUAAAGCAAUGAAAAAAUUCUUAGGCAAGCUUCAAGAAAACAACAUCGAACUCAAUAGCAUGAGAAAUCUAUUUGAAGAAAAUGUGUGGAAUGAUCUUCUGGUGGUACAAAGUCGAUCGUUAUCACAUUAA